UUUCUCUCUCCAUAUAUUAUCCUCUUUCACUCUCCACAUGCAAAAUUUCUCCAUUAUAUUAUAUGUGGUGUGUUGUUCCAAAUAGAGUUAACUUACACUAAACGAAAGCGAAGGGAUAAAUCUCAGCCGAAUUUGCAAAUCCUGCUAUUUUCUUAUCAUUAAUUCUCGUAAAAACUAGCAUAACCUAAAUCAAUUGAGAAAACGCUGCUCUAUAACAGAAAUCUAUUGAAACUUGCAAAAUUUGUUGAUUUCGGCGAAGAACUUUCAACAAACAUGUGGAGGGCACCUCGAUUUUCUUACCUCGUUACUAGAUUGAGUAAAGUGAACUUAAGUGAUGUCAAUCGAUGUUACAGUCAAAUGUUGUCCCAAUCAUCAUAUUCGCAGACCAAAUCAGAAUCUAUUCCUUCUGACCGAAAAGCCAGUGGAAGAGAGACACCAAAGCAUUACAUUGGGGAAAAUGUAUCUAGAAAAGAUAGAACCAAGUUUCUUCUCACCACACUUCGAGAUAUUGAUGAUAGUAAGGAGGCUAUUUAUGGUGCUCUUGAUGCAUGGGUUGCUUGGGAGCAAAAUUUUCCAAUUGGUGCAUUGAGAAAUAUAUUGAUUAGUCUUGAGAAGGAACAACAGUGGCAUAGGAUUGUUCAGGUAAUUAAAUGGAUGCUGAGCAAGGGGCAAGGGACGACGAUGGGAACAUAUGGUCAAUUGAUUCGAGCUUUAGAUAUGGAUCAUAGAGUUGGAGAAGCACACAAAUUCUGGGAAAUGAAAAUUGGCACUGAUUUGCAUUCUGUUCCUUGGCAGAUGUGCCAUCUUAUGAUAUCAGUAUAUUAUCGAAACAAUAUGCUGGAUGAUCUUGUUAGGCUUUUCAAGGGACUGGAAGCUUUUGAUCGUAAACCUCGGGAUAAAUUAAUCAUUAAGAAAGUGGCAAAUGCUUAUGAGAUGUUAGGCUUGGUUGAAGAGAAAGAGAGGAUACUGGAAAAAUAUAAUCAUCUUUUCAUAGAGGAAGGACCAAGACCAACCAGGAAAGGUGGAAGGAAAUCGAGUGCAAAAAAGAAUAAAGAGCAGCCUAAUGAAUCUAAAAAGGACUCUGAGGAAAAGUAGUGGUAAGGGCUGAGCUGCAAGACAAAACUAUGUUUCGUUAUAGAAGAAAAAUUCAUUUCUGUUUCUGGAUAGAGAAUUGAUUCCAAUUUUCAGCAGGACGCGAAUCCUUAAAUCAAGCUUCCAUGAUUUUCAGCAGGAUGUAGAUUUAAUUGUUAUAUUGGUUUUAACAGCAUGAGCCAACUUUGGGCAGAGGAUAAUACAAACAUUUGUUUCGUUUUUUCCGAGCUUGUAAUAGAAGCAAAACACCAUGCACCCGAGACAUAUGUAUGAGGUCAUAUAAUUUGAAAAACAGAAGUAUCAAGGACAGUAUACUUGAAAUUUGACUAUUCAUCAAGUGUUCAAUGUGCGGAUAUGAGUUGCAUGGAUGCAGAACAAGAACUUCAUUAACUGAUAUUACAGAUUAAGUGUAUUCUUUGAUACCUUAGGUUGUACUCUAUGGUGAUGUUAUAGACCAAAUUUCUUUGCUCAAUUAUUAUGCAGGUUAUGCAUGUAGAUUUACAAUUCAAUGUUCCAAACCAAAUCUCAACAGCAAAGCUGUUCCAAGUUUGUUAGACAGUUUAUAGCUCUUGAAAACAAGUAUGUUAGCUAUUGUGUGUGAACAUUUACUCACUUAAUAUUCAUUGCAAAUAAACAGUUUCA